CCAUCUCAUGUUUUUAAAAUUUUAAAACACACACAAACACAACAGUCGGAAAAUUCCAGCUACCCAGAAUACCUUCCCGUCCGGUAACAUCCGUCUGUUCCGCCGGCAAUUGCCUUCAGUCACUACAACAGAGUCGCCAUUUUGACCCUUGAGUCGUCCCGCCAUCAGUCUAACUUAAGGGACUGGCUUAAUGGUGGUGGAUUGAAGAGGUGAAUGCUAAGGUUUCGUUUCUGAAAGAGGAGAGACCCAUAGAUCUGCUAAAGUGUUGCUGUAACUGUUUUGUUUUUGUUUUCGGAAAUGGACGGGCUAAAGAUGCUUGGAUGUUAAGCUUAGGAGGAAAAGAGGAGAGGAGGGGAAAGAGGAGAGGAGGGAGAGUGGAGAAGAGAGAAGAAAGGAGGAAGUGGUAACAACUGAUGAUGAGUGGUGCUCAAGAGAGCGAUCGUAGAGGGAGGUGGCGUUGCAGUUGUUUCCUCACAUGGAAUGGCAGAUCUUGUUAGCAACGGCAAUGCCCAACGUGACGUCGACCAGGAAUUAAUAGCUUUGAAGAAGGGUGCUCAGCUUUUGAAAUAUGGUCACAAGGGAAAGCCAAAGUUUUGUCCAUUUAGACUCUCUAAUGAUGAAACAUCUUUAAUCUGGAGUACAAGCAGCGGUGAAAGAAGUUUGAGGUUGGCUGCAGUCUCUAAAAUUAUUCCUGGACAAAGAACCGCUGUUUUCCAGCGGUAUCUCUGUCCUGAGAAGGAUUGUUUAUCCUUUUCUCUUAUAUACGACAACGGGAAAAGGUCUCUUGAUCUGAUCUGCAAGGACAAAUUUGAGGCAGAGGCGCGGAUUGCGGGCCUCAAAUCAUUAAUAUCUUUUGGUCAGGGUGGACAUUCCAAAAUUGAUAGUUGGACUGACGGGGGCCUCUACCUUGAUGAUGGUAGAGACCUGACAUCAAAUAGUGCAAGUGUCAAUUCUGUUAGAACUAGCCAAGAUAUUAGCUCCCUUGAGAUUUCUCUCAGUUUUAACCCAAAUACUUCUCCAAAGAGUUUUGGGCCUGAGAAUUCUUUUCAGUCUGCAAGGUCACAUGUAGCAUCUGACGGCACAAAUAUGCAAAUAAAAGGACCUGGUUCAGAUGUUCUUCGUGUAAGUGUUUCUAGUGCUCCUAGUACUUCAAGUCACGGUUCUGCAACAGAUGAUUAUGAUGCUUUAGGGGAUGUGUAUAUAUGGGGUGAGGUUAUCUGUGAUAGUGUUGUGAAGGUUGUGGCUGAUAAGAACACCAAUUAUUUGAGCACAAGAGCAGAUGUGCUUAUUCCAAGGCCUUUAGAGUCCAAUGUAGUUUUAGAUGUACAUCAUGUAGCUUGUGGGGUCAAGCAUGCUGCCCUAGUUACAAGGCAAGGUGAAGUUUUCACAUGGGGUGAAGAAUCUGGAGGACGACUUGGUCAUGGUGUUGGGAAGGAGGUCAGUCAACCUCAUCUUGUAGAAUCACUGGCUGUUACUAGUGUUAGUCUUGUUGCAUGUGGAGAAUUUCAUACUUGUGCCAUUACAAUGGCUGGGGAACUUUAUACAUGGGGAGAUGGAACCCACAAUGCUGGGCUUCUUGGUCAUGGUUCAGAUGUCAGCCAUUGGGUACCAAAGAGAAUUUCAGGUCCUCUUGAGGGACUUCAAGUUGCUACAGUAAUGUGCGGUCCAUGGCAUACAACCUUGAUAACGUCAACAGGACAGCUGUUUACUUUUGGGGAUGGAACAUUUGGUGUCUUGGGCCACGGUGACAGAGAAAAUGUUCCAUAUCCAAGAGAAGUGGAGUCUCUGUCAGGAUUGAGAACAAUUGCUGUGGCAUGUGGAGUGUGGCAUACUGCUGCAGUUGUUGAGGCUAUUGUCACUCAAUCUACUACUAGUGUUUCAUCAGGAAAAUUAUUCACAUGGGGGGAUGGGGACAAAAAUCGUCUUGGACAUGGAGACAAGGAACCCCGGCUUAAGCCCACGUGUGUUCUAGCACUAAUUGAUUACAAUUUUCACAAAGUUGCUUGUGGGCAUAGCUUAACAGUUGGUUUGACAACAUCAGGGAAUGUUUUUACAAUGGGAAGUACUGUGUAUGGUCAACUUGGGAAUCAUUUUGCUGAUGGAAAGAUACCGUGUUUAGUAGAAGACAAGCUUUCAGGUGAAUGUGUUGAAGAAAUUGCCUGUGGUGCAUAUCACGUUGCAGCUCUAACUUCCAGGAAUGAAGUGUAUACAUGGGGAAAAGGAGCUAAUGGUAGGUUGGGCCAUGGAGAUGUUGAAGAUCGAAAAACUCCUACUCUGGUUGAGAGUUUGAAGGAUAGACAUGUCAAGUAUAUGGCUUGUGGUUCAACAUAUAGUGCUGCUAUAUGUCUCCAUAAAUGGGUAUCUGGUACCGAAGAAUCUCAAUGCUCGGCUUGUAGGCAGGCUUUUGGGUUCACCAGAAAAAGGCAUAAUUGCUACAAUUGUGGACUUGUGCACUGCCAUUCCUGCAGUUCAAGGAAAGCACUAAGAGCAGCUUUGGCCCCUAAUCCUAGGAAACCUUAUCGUGUGUGUGAUUCCUGUUUUGCUAAAAUGAACAAGGUUUUUGAAGCUGGUAAUAAUAGGAGGAAUUCCAUACCUCGCCUUUCAGCUGAGAACAAGGACAGGUUCGAUAAGGCUGAAACAAGAUUAUCCAAAUCUGCUUCUCCUUCAAAUAUAGACUUGAUCAAGCAGUUAGAUAUCAAAGCAGCGAAACAAGGAAAAAAAGCUGAAACAUUCUCCUUGGUUCGCUCUACUCAAGCACCUUCUUUGUUACAAUUGAAAGAUGUUGCUUUGUCAACUACUUUAGAUUUGCAGUGGACGGUUCCUAAACCAAUUCUUACUCCAUCUGGAAUGAGUUCCAGAUCUGUUUCACCUUUAUCAAGGAAACCUAGCCCUCCACGUUCUGCUACCCCAAUUCCAACAACAUCUGGACUUUCUUUUUCCAAAAAUGUCAUGGAUAGAUUGAAAAAGACAAAUGACCUUUUGAACCAAGAAGUGCUUAAGUUGUGUGGACAGGUUGAGACCCUGAGAAUGAGAUGCGAGCUCCAGGAAUCAGAGCUUCAAAAAUCAACGAUGAAAGCUCAGGAAGCUAUGGCACUGGCUGUAGAGGAGUCUGCUAAAUCUGAAGCUGCCAAGGAAGUUAUAAAGUCGCUAACAGCUCAGCUCAAGGAUAUGGCUGCAAGGUUGCCACCUGGAGUUUAUGACACUGAGAGCAUUAAACCAACAUACCUUCCAAAUGGCUUGGAGCAAAAUGGUGUUCACUGUCCAGAUUCAAAUGGAUUGGGUCAUUUGAGAUCUGAUUCAAUUGGUGGCUCUUUUCUUGCCUCCCCCACCGCACUUGCUUCUUCCACAAUCAAUUGCCAUUCAGAUACGAGGCUGCUGAAGGGCACCACAGGUUUGCAGGAAGGGAACAGUAGUGUGUCAGUGGCUGUUGAUGGAAGAGUAUCUGAAUCUUUCAGAGAUAGUGAAAAUGGUAUGGAAUGCAGAAUUUCUGCAUCAGUAGCUAAUGGUAGUCAAGCUGAUGCUGACUGGAUUGAACAGUAUGAGCCUGGAGUCUACAUAACUCUUGUAGCACUGCAGGAUGGAACUAGGGAUCUUAAACGCGUGCGGUUCAGCCGGAGAAGAUUUGGAGAGCACCGAGCAGAAUGUUGGUGGUCGGAAAACCGUGAAAAGGUAUAUGAGAGGUACAAUGUGCGUGGAUCAAACAAAACAUCGGGAGGUCUUUCUCCCAUUUCACAAAAGUAGGGAGGGAAGUUAGCGUUUUGUGAAUGUGACAAGGCGAAGGAGCAAGAAUCAAAUCUGCAAACCCCGUUUCAUUUUCUUUUACCUUUUUGAUUCCCCACCUCUGUUUUCCUUUUUCUGGUUGCCCCUCUGUAAUUCAGUUUCUUGUAUUUGACAUGUAUUGUAAUGUAUAUAAAGUCGUCAAUUGCUAAAUUGUAGAUAGCCCUGGCAUGAAGGUAUCUUUUACCUUGCAUUUAGUCAGAGCUCCCCCGAGAAAGGGAACCCUAAACGUGACGCACCUUUUGUGUCCCGUUAUCUUAGGGACGAACCCUAAACCCUGCGUUGUUUGUGUAUUAAAA